GUUCGUUGCGAUUUCUCAUCGUCAUCACCGACAACAUCGACAACAACGACAACAACAAAAAUGAGCGGUGAGCGCAAACCACGUGACUUCUCGUAUCUCCUCGACCUCGUGCCCAAGACGGUCAAGCCAUAUCGGCCGGAGGAGGAGGAGGAGGCCAAGGAGAAGCGGGGCGAUGACGACAGCAAGGAUGACGUGGACCCUGAGCUCGCACGCCAGCGCCAAGAGGAGGAGGCCAUGCGCCAGAUGAUGGGCUUUGGGUCCUUUGGGCGACAAGGCGAGUCGGCCGAGGAGAAGCAGCGCAAACAGGACGAGAUGCUGGCCAAGGCAAAGCGCAGCAGUGCAACCGCAGCAGAGGCCAGCGAAGAGACAAAGCCAAGCGUCAAGACAGAGGACGACGACGACGACGACGACGAUGAGGAGGAGGGAGACGACGACGCAGCAGCAACUGCAGCUGGCAAUGAGGCAGAGGAGAGCGAGGGCGUGCUCGGUGUUCCCAUUUCCCAUGAGGUCACCCUCAAGCACGGCUCCAAACCCAUCGUCACCUUCACCCUCGACCCUUCUGGUUCGCGUCUGAUUACGGGCUCGCUGGACUACGAGAUGCGGUUCUGGGACUUCAACAGCAUGGACGUGCGGCUGCAGUCAUUUCGCCGCGUCACCCCACACGACGGGUACCCUAUCCGGUGUCUGCGCUACAGCAACACGGGCGAUUGUCUCAUUGCCGCCACAGGCUCCCCGCUCACAAAGUUGUACGACCGUGACGGGUCUGAGAUGUAUGAAUCCCUUCGUGGGGAUCAGUACAUCUACGACAAGCGGCGCACGCACGCGCACGUGGCUGCCGUCAACUGCGCGUGGUGGCACCCGCGAAAUCGCAGUCUGUACAUCACGGGCUCGCACGACGGCACCGUGCGUAUGUGGGACAUGGACGAUCUUGGCAAGAAGUCGAUGCACACCGGCGUCUGCCGCAACAGAGGCAAGCACGUGCCUGUGUUGAGUGUGCACAUGAACCGCGAAGGAACCAUGAUUCUCGCCGGCUGUGGCGACGGCACCGUCCACACCUUCCAUUCCUCGGAGAAGGCGGUUCGGGCGCGUGACUUUGCACAAUCGCACGCGCGCGAUUCUGAGGUCACAUGUGUUCGCUUCGCCACAAACGGCCGCAAAUUCAUCUCUCGCUCAACUGACGGGACUGCCAAGUUGUGGGACGUGUAUCGCAUGUCCAAACCAGAGCUCGUUGCAGACGACCUCCCUUGCUUCUACAACAGCACGGAAUGCGUCUUCUCUCCCGAUGAGCGUUUUGUUCUCACGGGCACAUCUGGCGAAGGCAACUCGACUGCGGGGAUGCUGGUGAUUCUCAAGGCCGACACUUUCGAGCGCGCAUAUCAGGUUGGCGUGGGCCCGCGUGGCGUGAUCUCGGUGCUGUGGCACUUGAAGAUCAACCAGAUUGUUGUUGGCUGCACGGACGGUCGCAUCAAGGUCUUCUUUGACCCGCGGAAGAGCGACAAGGGUGCCAAGCUAUGUGCAACGCGCGCCCCGCGAGAGGAGGAUCCGCUUGAUCGUCUUUUCAUGAGCGACGCCGUCAUGGCUGCAAAGGCCGGUGUUGCGUGGGGCGAGGACGUGCGAACACUUCGCCGAACAGCCAAGAGCCGCAAGGACAAAGAACGGAAGGAUCCGCUGAAGAGCAAGAAGCCCGAGGAGCCCGUCAAGUCCGACCGCGGCGUCGGCAAGGGCGGUCGGUUGAUGGGGUACACGUCCUCGCUUUCACAGUACAUUGCAAGCAGGACAGCCUACGAUCCCACACGUGACGAGGAUCCACGCGAGGCAAUCUUGCGUCAUGCAGAGGCGGCGGAGAAGGAGCCGUACUACAUUGCGCGCGCAUAUGCAAAGACGCAGCCAGAGCCCGUUUACGACAUGGCUGAGCACCCCGAGGAGGAGGAGCCGAAGAAGAAAAAGAAGAAGAAUAUGAAGCCUUUCUCCUGAAUCCCCCCCCCCCCAACUCGCAUGUUGUCGUCCCUCGUGUCCUGACAUGAUCAUGUAGUUGUUUGGGAUUUGGUUGCGUGAGGCACGCAAGGCCAAUGUGUGUUUAUGUUACAAAGAAGGGCCAGCACCGCUUGGCGAUGCAAGCAGAAACAGACAAAGAGGAG